ACGCAAAUCCCAGCCAUACCCCUCCGUACAACAACCAUAUAACUUUUAUUCCCUUUAUACCCUUGUGUCUUAUGCUUUUCCACCCCUACCUGGAGUGGACUCACUCAGGUCUCAGAUAGAUUGGCAGGUUUCUUGACCUCUCCAUCCAAACAGAAGAGAAAGCCAGUCUUCUCCAGAACCAAAAAAAGAAAAGUCUGUUGAUAUUUUGCUGCAAUGGUGAAAUCAAGCGAAAGUGGGGUGGCUCCUUUCUUGAAGAAAUGCUAUGAAAUGGUUGAUGAUGAAUCAACAAAUUCGAUAAUCUCAUGGAGCCAGACCAAUGACAGCUUUGUUAUAUGGGACAUGACUGAAUUCUCUGUCCACUUACUGCCCAAGUACUUCAAGCACAGCAAUUCUUCUAGUUUUGUCAGGCAGCUCAAUAUCUAUGGAUUUAGAAAAAUUGAUACAGAUCAGUGGGAAUUUGCAAAUGACGGAUUUAUCAGAGGGCAGAAACAUUUGUUAAAGAAUAUCUGCAGGAGGAAAAAUUCUCAGGGCACAGACAAUCGAAAGUCAGUGCAGCAGCAAGACAACUCCAUUGAGCAUUGUGAAAAUGUUGAAAAUGUGGGUCUCUGGAAGGAAGUUGAGAGCCUGAAGACAGGUAGAAAUGCAGUUACACAGGAGUUGGUUAAGCUCAGGCAGCACCAGGAAACUGCAGACAAUAAGUUGCUCCUGUUGAGGGAUCGCCUUCAAGGAAUGGAAAAAAAUCAGCAGCAGAUGCUGUCUUUUUUAGUGAUGGCAAUGCAAAGCCCAGGGUUUCUAGCUCAGCUACUAAACAAAAAGGAAAAUAAUUGGCGGAUAGCUGAGCCAGGAAGCAUAGUGGAGCAGGGUGCAGAUGAUGCUGAGCAGUUGGCUUCUGAGGGAAUGAUAGUAAGGUACCAGCCACCAGUGGAUGAGAUGUUCGAGCCUGUACAUGCACCGCCAAUUGGUCCAGAAAAUCCACGAGAAUCUAACCCAUCUUCCGAUGGGAUGAAAGAUUUUUUUGUGAGUCCAGAUUUUAUGGAACUUCUUAUGGAUGAAAAUUUGGGUUUUGAAAAUCAUACCUCGUUUGGUUUACCAGAAUUAGCGGAUGAUGGUUCUUGGGAACAACUGCUUUUAGCCAAUCCUUUCAUUGAGAAUAUUAAAGACACCAAACCCGGUUCUGAAGAGAGCACUGAUCCUGAAACUGAUACCGGAACAACAAUUGUUGGAACGCAGCUGGAGAGAUCCCAAAGUUUUGAAUAUUUAAUAGAAAUGAUGGAGAAGUCCAAUGACUUGGAGAACAAAGCAACUGAUGAAGGACCUCACUUUGAGAAGUCUCAGAAAUUGGAAAUUCUAACUGAGCAGAUGGGUCUUUUGGCUUCGGAGCCAAACCACUAACACGCCGUAACAUACUACAUAGAAAGACGUAUUAGUAUCAGACAGGCAAUUUUAACUAAACAAUGUAAGUUGGUUUUCUCUGGUCUCUCUUCCUUCACAAACCAUUACAAAAAAUUCUGUUAUUUACAAUUAGAGGAAAUCUUUUUACUUUAAGAUUGCACUGUCUUUCAAAGUUGUUAGAGUAUCAUGUUCAUGCCAGUUAGUACAAUUCCCAUACGCUGAUUCCUCUUUAUUUGUCAAUUUAUAGAUUUAGGUGUGGGGGCAUGUUUUCUCGACAUCUGCUGGGAGGAAUUGCUUGGCUGUAUUUUGUUCCUUGAAAAUGGCGUCACCCAUUAUUUGCUAUAAACUUCAACAAUGAUAUAUAGUCAUUGCCUUUUACUUAAUAGAUUCAGUAUUCUAAAAUGUAAUAGGCAUUCGAUUUUAUAUAUAUAUAAGCGCUUUUUUUUUGGAAGCCCUUCGGGAGCUUAGCUGCAGUACUGUGAUUGAACCAUCAAUCUGGUUAUAUUGUUAUCCAAAUGAUUUUGCUCCUCUAA